UUUGGUGAUAUUUUUCGUUUGAUAAACGAAUUUCCACUGUCAUUAUUUCGGACUGCGGUUCUCCGGGACUGUUCUAAUUAUAUGACCGUAUUGGGUAACCGAGCUUCGCCUGUAGCUCUUCUAGGUUUACCGCCGGUCUCAAGCCUGAGUAAAGGAAGAGGGUUGGACAUGAGGUCAGAAACCCCGCCCCGUAGAAAACAACUUUGCCAAAAAAACCUAACCAGAAUAAAUAAAUUGGACCAUUUAAAUUUUGCCUUGAUAGUUGGACGAUCUUCAUUCAGAAGAAUUGUGGAGCCACAUGGUGAAAGCCAAGAUUCUCCGAAAGUUACGAGGCCAAUGUCCCCUUCUAACAACCAGAGCAGCGAUUAGUAUAGGUACAUGGAAUGUCCGGACAAUGUGAGAGACCGGGAAGACCAAUCAAUUACCUACGGAAAUGAGGAGGUACAACUUGAUGGUGCUCAGAAUCAGUGAAACCCAUUGAACCCAAGCUGAACAGCAAAGUUUGAAUUCAAGAAAGAUGCUUCUGUACUCUGGUCACAAAGAGGAAGAUGAUCCACACACUCGAGGAGUUGCUGUGAUGCUGUCCGUAGGAGCACAAAGUUCACUUGUAGGAUGUGAAUCUCAUGGAUCCAGGGUCAUCAGGGCAUCACUAAAAACAAUCAAUGAGAGGAUCACGAUGAAUUUUACUCAGUGCUAUGACCACACCAAUAAUAACAGUGACGACACUAAAGACCAUUUUUACGAGAGUCUGUAAUCGAUCGUAGAUAAGACCCCAAGAAUGAUGUGACCAUCCUGAAGGGAGACUUAAGGUAUUGGACAGAGUGUUAUCCAACCGAAUGAAAGAUUCAGUGGGUGCCCAACUUUAGGAUCAACACACCGGAUUGCGUAAGCAUCGGUCGUGAGCAGACCAAAUUGUGAACUACGGAUCAUUUUUGAACGAUCAAUUGAAUGGAACUCGUCACUACUUAUCAACUCCAUUGACUUUGAGAAGGCGCUUGACAGCGUGGAUCGAAGAACCUUAUGGAACCUCCUUAGACACUGUGGUGUACCUGAGAAGAUUGUCAACAUCAUCUGGGAUUCAUAUGAAGGACUACGCUUCAAAGUCGUGGAUAGAGGAAUGCUGGCAGAUGCGUUCCAAGUGAUGACUGGAGUCAUACAAGGCUGCUUACACUGCCCCUUCCUAUUUUUUCCGGCAGUUGAGUGUAUUAUGAAAACCUUCGUUGAAGGGGAAGCACGGAAUACGAUGGACAGGUUGCAUGCAACUGAACGAUCGGGACUUUGCAGAUAACCUAGCUCUUCUACCCCGUAUACACCAGCAAAUGCAGGUGAGGACAGCCAGUGUAACAACAACAUCUGUCUGUAGCAUUAGGGCUCAAAAUACACCAGGGAAAAAGCAAGAUCCUGAAAUAAAACACGGAGAACACUAAUUCAGUCACACUUGACGAAUCGACUCUGCAAGAUGUGGAAAAGUUCACUUAUCUGGGCAUCAUCGUCUAUUAACAAGAGGGAUCUGAUGCAGACAUAAAGGCAAGAAUUGAACAUAUGGAACUCAAAACAACUUUCAACCAACAUGAAUGUCAGAGCUGGGAUCCUCUCAGUUAAAGCAGUUCUGAAUUUGAAGACGAAUGUGAAUGAUGAUUACAGCCAUUAGCUUCUGUUCUCAACCACAUCUAAUACUGUUUCAAGCUGAUGAGUUGCACUAUCUGUCGGACCACAACCAGUAAGUUGUGACUGACCGAUCGAUGUCAGUUACAUACGGCUUUGUUUUAUAUCCCUGUACCAUCUCAUAAGCUGUAACAUUGUAAACUACAUGAUCUUUUUUAUUAUGUUUUCUGUUACAAAAAUGUAAUUAAAAUGCAGUGAUCCCUUUUCGUCUCUCCAGGAUAAUUGCACAUUUACGUUAUGAGAAUUCUGUGGGUGUAGAGUUUUUGGAUGUUGGUGUUUCAGGUGUUAGUCUAUGGCAUAAAAUGCCUCCUGAACUAUGAGAUUGUAACAGCUUAAGUUGAUUGGUUAAGAGUUGACCUCAAACAGCAUUCUCACUGACUUACCUUGACAUUAGAUUGUAAUAUGGUUUCUGUCAGUUGAUUGUCGUCUAGUUGUGAUAAUGGUUUGUGUGUAAUAACUGGGUGUUGUGAAUUUCGUAAACACUAACUGUGAUCAACAACAGACUUUUGUAGUAGGUGUUACCUGAAACCCUUUCAGAUUAUGAAUACUAUGUACUAAUUGUACCUUUUUCUUAACUUUCAAGGCAACGAGAAUCUCUUUUGUUGCUUGCCUCAGACCCACUUCCAUAUUUUUUCCUGUGUAUUCAGUUAAGUAUUUGUCGAAAUCGCCGAUGACCUCCAACAUAAAUCAUACAAAUGAACAACUUCCUUGUACAGAAAAUUACUCGGAGUUAAAAGAAGUUUUGAAACCGUGCGGUAAACUUCCGCCGACAAACGACAUAAAAUUGGAUCGAUCUCACUUUAAACGUAAAGUCCCAAUGAUAUUCGUCGGUAUUCAAUGUGAUAAACAUGUCAAGACGUCUUUAGAGAAGUUGAAACCAUUUUUCUGUCCUUUUAUCCGACUACCUAAAAUAUCUAAGACUUACCGAGAUUCAAAUGGAUCGUUGCGUAAAUUGAUGCUGGUUCAAAUGCCUGAACCUGAUAAAAUCUUGCAGUUUAUAACUGAUUUGAAUCAGUGGAACGUUGAUUUACCUAAAGACUACUUGAAUCUUCAACCAGUCGAUUUAUCUGUACCUAAAUUGCCCGAAUGCCUAAACGAUGUGAGAGCUGAAAAUUCAUUAAACGAUGAAGCAUUUAAAAAGGUUAGUGUUGUAGAAGAAGAGAUAAACAUGUUGGAAAAUAUGAUCACCUCACCAUGUCUGGUGAAUAUGUCGAUCGGUUAUGAAAAUUUCACAUUCGAACAAGUUAUCAAGGAAUUGUUGCCUGAUUUCAUCUUGCCUAUUACUGGGUUUACUAUAAUUGGUCACGUUAUACAAUUUAAUCUCAAAACUGAAGCAUUACCCUACCGUCAUAUUAUUGGUCAGGUUGCACUUGAUAAAAUACCAAAUAUUCGCACAGUUAUUCAUAAAGCUUCGAAUAUUGAAUCGGCUUAUCGUACUUUUGAAAUGGAAUUACUUGCUGGUGUUCCUGAUUACAUCACGUCAAUGCGUGAAAACAGUAUAACAUUUCACUUGGAUAUUAGUAAAGUUUACUGUAAUCCGCGUUUGGGUACUGAACAUACACGAGUCGUUAACAGUUUGCGUCCACCUCUUCCAAUUAAUGAUCCAUUUCUUACACCGCGACCUAUUCCUGGAGAUCGUGUAGUUGUUUAUGAUGUAUUUGCUGGCAUUGGACCUUUCUCUAUUCCAGCUGGUCGAGCAGGAUGUCAUGUGUUGGCAAAUGAUCUCAAUCCUGAUUCGUUUAUUUGGCUUAAAAAAAAUGUUGCGCAAAACUCAUCGCGUAAACGUCCUUUGAAAAAUAUUGUCUGCUACAAUAUGGAUGGACGUGAAUUUAUUCGUGAAAUUCUUCUUCCGCACUACAGAAAAUAUGGGAAUUCUGACAUAAUCGAAUCAGCUGAUUGUGAUUCUAUUUCACUAUCAAUUGAUCGUUUUGUAGUUAUUAUGAAUCUUCCUCAAUUGGCUAUAGAUUUUCUAGAUGCAUUUGUACCACCAUUAAAUUGUAUAAAAUCAAAUAUCAUUACUGAUAAUAGUGUAACUGCCAAUCUAAAUGAUUCAUCUGUUAUACGUCAAAAAUUCAUUAAACCUUUAUAUAUUUAUUGUUAUUGUUUUAUGAAACGUAAUAUUGAAUCAGAACAAACUAUUAAAAUACGUUUAGCUAAAGCUUUAAAUACAAAGAUUACUGAUUUAUUUCAAUUCGUUAAUUCAACAACAAAUGAAACAAUUAAUAAUAUGAACAAUGAACAAACUAAUGAUAAAUGUUUCAUAAGAAAUUGGCAUUAUCGUUUUGUACGGAAUGUUGCACCAUUUAAAGAUAUGUAUUGUGCUGAAUUUGAAUUAUAUUUACCAAAACUAUGGUUAUUUUAUGAUUAUUCAAGUCCGACAGUAAAACGUUCUCGAACUACUGAGAAUGAACUAAUUCAAUAAAAACUAUCGAAAUAAUAAAACGUAAAAGAAAAAAUAAGGAGUGAAUAAAUAACUUACUG